GGCUGAUUAAACAGAGGACUACGAAUGAAGUGGGGAAUGGUGAGACGAAAAUUCAAAAAGAGAAGAAAUGGAUGAAGGAGAGGAAGAGGGAAGAAAAUAAAUUAUGAAAAAAAGAAGAAUGGUGGAAGAAGUAGAAAUGAAGGAAAAAAUGACAGGCGGUUAAAUAAACGCGAAUGGCGAAUUUACUCGCGAUAAUAAAAAAAAUCGAGUCAUCAAUAAUUUGCUGUUUGCAAUUGAUUGCAAAUGCAACCAUACACCGCCCCUCCCAAAUACUCCCUUCGAAUAUAAUAUCCUGAUUACACCAUGCCGAAAAUGAUCGAUCAGAAAUGACGUCAUAAUAAAUGGUUGGAUAUUCUUAAUGCGCGCUCUCCUAUUUAGGCCCGUUCUCAUAGAGCUGUAUGCAUAAUCACUGUGCAGACUACAAUAUAUAGAAAAGGAAUUCCGCAUGUGCACUAUGUAUUUUAUGAUGCAUGGCGUAAGCACCAGUGGCAAUGCAUACGCGCUUGUGAAUGUUAUGCGCGCGCAUGCCAUUCUCCAUGGCAACGCGCUCAACGCAACAAGUGCAUGCAACAUGAGCUGAAACAAAAAAAUAAACAAAACAAUUUCAAUGGAUUUUUCUCUGAAGAAAUGGAUGCUCGAGCUUUGUGUGUGUCUGUUGCUGGAUUUUUCUGAAUCUUCGUUAUUCGCCUUUUUUAUCCUUUUGGGGAAAUAAAGAUGGAUUUCUAAUUAAAAUGGGCAAGGAGAGCACGCGACAUAAUAAGGGAAACUCGGAUGAUGAGAACUGGCGAAAUCAACGAAGCAGGGUGGCUUCCCCGAAGAAAGUGACAACGGGAUCAUCUCGAGUUUCAUCCACCUCAUCAUUGGCGUCGUCAUCAUCGAGCAAUGCUCGACAUAGACGAGAAGGAGGAAAAGUUUCCAUGUCUUCAUCCACAUCAUCCUCAACGACAUCAGUUCACAAAUCGGCAUCGAAGAGUAGUCAAGAAAGCUGCGGCAGCUCUCAUUGCAGAAGGAACAAACGCAUGCGGACAAAGUCAGGGAAGAAGCACCAUGAAGAAGAGCAAAGGAAGUCUUCUUCAUCCUCAGAGAAACUCGGUGAUCGACGCCGUUCACUAACCUCUGAUGAAUCGAGAUCGAGACGGACAGGCGACGAUAACAAAUCAAGGCAUCGGUCUGAGUCUAAAGGAACCCGGGCCGACGACGAAGGUUCAUGGCGCAAGAGAUCACCACCCGCAGGAUCGUCUUCGACGAAGGGAGCCCAUGGAUCUUCACGACACCACACCAAAGACAGUAGAGAAAGUAGAGAUAUGAGUGGAAGCGGGAAAACAGAUCAGCAGCAAAGACAUAAAACGUUAGAUAAGAAAUCCGUUGAUCAUCCCAUUAAGGAAGAAGCCACUACCAGUAAGCUGGACCAAAGUGUCAAGGGAUCGGAAGACAUUUUCGAUUUUGCAUCAGAUAUCUUUAAGGAAGGCGAACGAAAAUGCGCGAAAGGCGUCAAAUCGAGUUCAGCAUCCAGGACAGAAGUCAAGAAAGAUGCUCGAUCACAUCGUUUGCUUAAGCAGACUGAUGAUCGGAGAAAGAAAGAGUAUCUUGGAUACCAGCCAACAUAUGUUCAUAAGCUCUACUCUUACGGAAUCGACAACAAGGGGAAGAAGGAACCGCAGAAAUCUGGACCGAGCAAGAAGGAUGAGGAGAUGAUGUUCAGGAAAAGAGCGGUGUAUAUGAUGCACUUGGAAGAAGAGCGAAAGAGGAAAGAAAAAGCAGAGAAAGAAGCUGAAAAGAGAGGACUCUCAAAAUCACUUGAAAACAAUAUGAAAGAUGUGAAUGAAAAGCUUGAAGAAGCUUUGAAGGGGAGGACGAGCACCCCUGAUUUACAGCAGAUCAAUGAAACUGAGAGGAGGGAGACAAUGGUUACAGAAACAACUCGUUUGCUGCAAGACAUGGAAGCAGCUCUGCCGGAUGAUUGUGAAAGAGAGGCAGUCCCCCAAAGUGCCAAGAAGGGAAGGAGCUCAGAGGGUUGUGGCUGGACCGGUCCCGAUGUACAUCAUUUUUCUGAAGCAAUGAAGGGAUGUUCUACGUCAAAUAAGCAUGACGGUGGUAAACCGACAAACUUCAGCAGUGGCAAUCCUGAUCCAGAGAGAAUGGAUACUUCUGCUGACCAGACCACGGCAAAGAUUAACACUGAAGACGCCCAAGAUGAGACGGGGGAAGAAGAAAUCUGGAGCUUUGAAAAUAGUUCUUCUUCGUGCGAUACUUCUGAUGGGAAGAAAGGAUCAGCAAAUAUAAAUACAGUAAGCAACCAUUGCGAUGAUAUGAAUGAAGUUGGUAUGUCUACAGAAUCUGGUGAAGGACAUGCAGAAAGCCGGGCUGCAAGAGAUGACAGACUGUAUGAAUCUAACUCGAAUGAUGCAAAAAGGGAAGGAGAGUCACAUGGAAGACACAACGGUCUUCCUCCAGUGAUAUCCAAUCUUCAUCAGAAGGAUAACGGGAGGGUUUUAGCUGCAUCGCGGAAGGAACAUGUCAUUCGCAUUUCCCCUGAAACUGUUUGCAGUAAGAUUCAAUUGUCAAUGACUGACAAAGAGAAAACCGUGAAUACACAGCAAUUGGAGCAGAGUGAUUUAGUGCGUGAAUGUCCUGAUACUUUAGCGGCAGAGAUUGCAGAUGUGCAGGAAGCUGGUGUAAAGAAGUUAUUAACCGGAAUUGCAGAAUGCAAAAAGGAAAUGAUGCCACAGAAAGGUCAACUUGAUGUACCAAUAUCGCGUGUUGAAACACUCCAUAGUGGGCCCCAUGAUAUUCCUGGUGUAUGCAAGAAAAUAGAGCCGGGGAUUCCCUUUGAAACCGAAGUCACUAUAUUUGAUCCUUCAGAGUUUCCCGCUUCAACAAAAGACAUUUCCAGCGUGACACAUGCUAAUAAAGUCGACAUAAGUAUGUCAUCAUCGGGACAUACAGAAACGGAAGCAAAGGAGAACGUGCAUCAGACUACGGAUCCUGAAAUACCAUUGACAAAAUCAAACUCUGUGCCUAGACGUUAUGGUACUCCUAUGCAAUUGCAGAGAACGGAUCCAGUGGAUAUAUUGCAAAGUGAUGCGAUCGCCUCUAGCCAUUCUUCGUCUACAAAAUUGGCACCAAGUCAACAAUAUACCCGAAUUGCACCUGCCAAGACAGUCAAAGCGACACCGACAUAUGUUCUAUCCCCUGCACCAGGUUAUGUCCAACUCACGCCACAACAGACUUUAAUUAUGACGUCGUCUGCUAACGUUACACCAACAAGGAAUGUGUUACAUGUGAUUGGAAAUAAAAAUCAAGGUAUGAUUCAGACGAUUGAAAAUAACAGUGUCUGUCUACAAAGGCAACCAAGACCCAUAGAUGUGAAAGGACCAACGAUGCAGAUUCCUCAUGGAGAUGGAUCUGUUGUCAGUCAGGUAAAUAAUGCUGCUUGUCUAUCAGUUCCCCCUUUGGUCGUUUUGCCAAACAACGUCCUUCAUGGGGUCAAAGGCCAACAAGGACAAAAUAUGAACUUUGUCGGUUAUGACUUUAUUGGUACUCAAAUUGCAGGUAGAACUGCUUCUAAAUCGGAUUAUCAACGCGACAUGGAUCGAACGAUGUGCCUUGAUCAAAGACGCAACACAAGCAGUCAAGCUCAAAAAGAAGUUUUCAUGUUAGGAACCGAUGGAGGAACCCAAUCGACGAAGUUAGUACAUACUGAAACAGCAGCUUUGUCCUCCACGCCACAAGGGCUGCUGGGAUACAUCAAUGUUCCGGUGAUCAAAGACGACCAAGGACGUUUGGUGAUGAUUCUUCCUAAUGAGAAAGGAAUCAUGGGAUCGAACCAGGCAAAAACAUUUGAAGUUGGUAAUGUGUCUUCAAAUCAGACUAAGAUGGGCUCAAAUGUACCAAUGGUUGAUCAGGUUUCUAAACAAGUACAGCAAGCCUUUUCAACGAAUGUGUCGAUUGAAACAUCCAGACUCCAACAGCCUUCCAUAUUGCGGCAGGAUCAGGACAUGGCUCAUACCACAGCGCAAUUACAAAAGAACGCUAGGACCUUGGUUCCUCGUACUUCACUUGUAACCUCAAAUGAGGGAACUUCCAAGUCUACAAUUGCAGAAAUACGGGCAGCAAGCACAUCAUCUGUCACUUCAAAUGCUAAUGUCUCUGAAGAUAGUAAGCAGAAGAUUGAUGACAGUCACGGCAAGAGCUCAUCCAUUAAGCCCAAAGAUACUCUAGAAAAGGGUGAAGAAUGUAAAAAAGACCAUGGAUCACUCAAUAGUAAGAGUGUUGAUGAGUUACGAGUUCGUCAGAAAGCCGUUACUUCUAAACUCAAAGAACUGAGGAGUGUUAGAGUAUUGAUUGCCAAACAUGGUCGAAUGGAAGAAAUAGAAUGCGUUAGGAUGGUAGAACGAUUGAAACAAGUCGAAGAUCUCUUCUUUCGGCAACUGAUUGCUACUUCAAAGGAACUUGAUGAUAGGCUGAGUAAUGCGCAGCAAGGUGUCAAAAGAGAUGCCAAAGUGGUAUCUACAUAUAACUCUGUAAAGGGUAAAGGAGUUAGAGAAUCAAAUUUGACAGAUUCAAAUAUGCCAUCUUCGGGGAGUGUCGCCAACAAGAUGAAACGAUCCGAUGAGACUGUUGAUAAAUUACUCAACACCGCUAAUCUCCUACGCAAUUGUAUUAACGCAAUGGCAAAGAAGAGACAUGGAAGACCUGAAAGGAUAAAUGAAAACACUUCCAUUCAGAACGGAGAAUUACGCUGUGAUGCAGGACGAUGUCAAAAAGCUGCAGAGGCCAAGAAUAAAUCAAAAGGAAAUGGAAUGGAAGAGCGGAAUUCAGAAACACUGAAGGACCAUGAGACCCCACAUGGAAGUUCAACCACGACGGUGUCGACGGACCUAGGGUGUGACUUGAGUAACGGGUCACCCGAAGGAGAGCAGUACCACUUACAGCCACCUGAUACAAAUGCAGAAGCCUCAACCGAAAAGAUUGUUCUGAGAUUGCAAAGGGUGCGGAACAGAGAAGAUUCCUCCUCAGCAUCAGUGGAGGGCAUCCAAAGUAAACACUCACCCCACAGUAACGGUAUCAGAAAGGAGGUAGACACAUUACUGUUGCAAGAAAAGUCCUGCAAUUCACUUGGGUGCUACAUGAGGAACGUGAAUAAAGCAGAUUCCAGUGGAAACUUUCAUAAUGAGAGUAAUAGUCCUGAAACUAAUAGGAAAGUCAACAGAAGCAAAAAACCAACUGAGGUCAUGACGUCAGAAAGUAAGUUCGGAUGUUCUAAAGAAUCAUCAAAUAGCAGCGGAAAAUAUGUUACGAGCAAAACAUGCAACAGAGAUGACACUAGCACUGGAUCAAGAAACGAGGCACAGAAGGGCUCCCAGAUAGAAAAGAAACAUGCCGUAUUCACUGGACCAACGAAGGAGCAAGUCCAAGAAGAAGAUAGGCGAGAAAGAGAAAUGGUUAAAGAAGCGUGGAAUCGGGUGUUUCCAAGGUCUUCUGUGAAAGAUCCUUGCAGCAAUUACAUAGAGAGCUCCAGUUCAAGUGAAAGUGAGCAACACACUAGUUGUACAAGUGAAAAGGGAGAAAAACUUCGAAAUACUGGUAAGGACAUACAUAGGCAGAUAAAGCAUGUUUAUGGAAAUCCAGUUAUCCGAGGAAACCUCGCAAGUAUUGGUAACAUCAAUGUCACCAGGCAGGUUGGGGGAAGUUCAGAAACGAAGUUUCAGUGGCUGCUAAAGCAACUACAGAAGAAAAGGAACGGAGGGUCACAGGUGAAACAGAAGAAUCAGCUAAGAAUGCAGAUGCCUUUCGAUACAAACAGUGAAGAUGGCAGAGAAUAUGUAUCUAUGGUUUCAAGAGGUGUUCAAACUCGCAAAAGUAGAAUCACCAGCAAUGACACCGGAAUCGGCUCCCGUAAAGAAUUCAUGACAGGUCAGGUAAAGGUAGAUGAAAAUAAAGAAAAUUCUCUUCCUACUUGCCUCUCUCAUUUUAACCAUAAUUCUUCGUCGGACAAUCAGAACUGCCAGACGAAAAAAAGAGGACGGGAAUCGACAGGAAGUAGCGGGAAACCACUUGAGAAACUACCUCGGAUACGAUCACCCACACUCAACGUCGAAUCAAAAGGGGAGAUUAAUCAGAUGGAUGAUAUACAAGAUCUGAUCUCCUUGCGAGAAGAAGUCUUAUCACGUCAAUCCAGUUCUAGUGAGGGCACUGUUGAGUAUUGCGACAACUUGAUAUCUGUAGAGGAAAACUUCCGACAGCUCAAGCCUGUGGAAAAAGAGAAGAAAAAGUUUCGGAGCACUGGGACAAUGACAGCCCCAACAACGGGAGACAAGUCGUUUAUGAAGCCAAGUAAAGCCAGCAGUAGUCGCAAGUUUGCAACUAAGACACGCGGUCAUGGAACUUAUGGCUGGUGCAAGAAAAGAGUCGUACGGAAGAUUUCAAAGUCUAAAGGAAAAAAGGGAACCAAAGUGUCAACAGCUAAAGGCAAAGUUAAAUCAAAGGUGGCAUCUUCCAAGAAGAAUGAUUUUGUUCUUAUAUCAGAUGAUUCGUUAGAAGGGCAGUCAGAAGAGGAAAGUCCAGAGAAGGAAAUAAUCCCCCAAAAGACAAGAAGGAAUACUCUCGCGUCAUUAUCUGCCCGACUUUGGGACGAGUGUUACUGGUCUACGAUAAAUGACACUAGUAAUCACGAUGUAAGUGCGGCAAAGAGUAUCCUGCCAUCUAAUAACAGUCCUCCUACAACUAGAAAAACAGGAUUGGAAUCGAAGAUGCUAGGACUAUGGAGUGAUCUUCUGAGAUACUCUGGGAAUCGCCACGAUGUUGACACUUUACCCGUUACUUUAGAAGACCUUGACAAGCUGGAUCUACCACCAGCAAUUGCCAGUUCCAUGAAGAUACUUCUUGAAGGAUAUGAUAUGGUGAAGCAGGGAUCAAGUCUUACCAAUGAAGACUCAAAAUCAAGCAUUGACCCUCAGGUCGAAUCAAUCCUCAAUGAAAACAACUCUGCUGUAAUACUUCAGAUGACGAACAACGAGUCACCCUUCGAAGAAGAAGGAAGAACAGAUGAUAAAGAAAGCACAACUGACACCUCACCAAGCUAUGACGAAGAGAGUCAUGUAUCUUCAAGCACUUGGGAAGCAUCGGUGAGCACUGAAUUCUCAUUAGAAACCUUGACGUCACAUAGCGCAAACACAGUUGGAUCUGGUCCCUCCUACCACUCUUCCUCGACGACAGCAUCUCCACCAUCCCUAAGCACUGAAGAUGGAUAUAUCCCAGCGGAAGAACCUGAGAGAAACCUUAGACGGUGGCCCACGAGGAUGGAACUUGCAUCAGCGAAUUACCUUACUGACGCAAUCUCCCCUGACAUUUCAGCAGAUGUCAUGAACAGGAACGACCCACACGAUGAAGGGGACAGUGGGCGAUCGGGUAGCGAAAGGGCAGACUCUGUGGCGGUAGGAACGUCGACAGGCUGGCAGAUAAGUGGCGCAGGAGACCUCAGGGAGCCAAGGAUGUUAACUGCACCCAAGGCAACUGCCAGGAACAGGAGACGACAGAACAGGGUUAUGAGCUGGCCAACCAUAAUCCAUGAAGAAGAGGAUCCUGAUGACGACAUUCCUCUGGCCAAGCUCAUUGAGAUGGAGAGAUUGAAGAGACUUCAACAAGAGGCUGUAGGAAAUGACCAUCCUCUUGAGACACUGUUGAAGGUGGCCAACAAGGACAAUAAUAUGGAGACGAGUCCGUCCUCUCCGGAGUCGGAUCUUCCAGGUCCAUUCCUCCUUAUUCCUUCGCGACUGAGACAAAUUUCAUUAGACUGCCCCGUCCCAGGGACAGCUGCUGAGGACAAGCAGCAGGAUGCAGCAGUAUCGAAGCGAAAUGAUGGCACCAAAGGUAGUGAGCGUUGCGAAACAGCGGAAGCAGAUGGUCAGUGUAUAGACUAUUCCAAUGACAUUCAUUCAAGGCAACAGGAGGAACACAAAGAUAUGGACGAACAGAGAGAUUUGAACAUGUCACAGAGUUCAGUUACUUUGAAGAAAUCUGGUAAAUUCCUGUAUGGAGACUCUAAGAAGGGCAAAUCCCUGGUGAAGAAACAGAAUCCUACAUCGAAAGUAGUAGUGCAAGACCUCUCUUCGAAUUCCAGUGAGGCUUCCAAGCCGUGUGGUAGACGGUUUGUAGUAAGUUGCUCUCCAGAUACAGAUGCACUGUCAAACGGGAACCACUUGUACUACAGAAACGAUUCAAGUCCUGAUAUAUUUGAUUGAACUUAUAUGUUACGUCAAUUUGAUACCCAUGGACUAGACUAGUUGAUUACUAGCUGGGUGCGACGGCUUCUCAGAUGCCUUCUAACUCUCAUCGUGAUUGGUUCAUGUGUUUGGAACUGUAUGCGCAGAAUUAGCGCUUUCCGCUUGCCUGUGGGUUUCGCGCAGACGCACUAUAAGAGUCUUCAUUGGUAUCCUUUUGACAGUAUUUGAAGUCUGUUUAAUUUUCCUUUGCUUCUUCCUGGUACUUUAAACUGUAUGAUAUCAAUAACGUGUGUUUAAAUGGUAACUGGAAAAUACUCAGAAGUUUCGUUAAGUUUAAUGUAAAUGAAAUGAUGUACAUUAAAAAAAUAAGACUAUUUUACGAGGAGCCGACCCAAUCUUUGCAAGCUUUCAUAUGGAUUGCAUAAUGGACCUAUAUGUCUGUCGGUUUUUUUUAUGUCAUAGAUUGCGGUAUUUCAAUAUUACGUUUGUAAAUUGGUCAUUCCAUCAUCUUGCUAUUAAAAUGUAAAUUAUCAAGAACAUAAAAUAUGCGAUUAGGGGCGAUGUCAGGGUAUUUUCAUAAGGGGAAGAUUUUUUACAAUUGAUGU